AUGUCGGAAUGCAAGGUUCCUAAACAGUGGAAGACCAGCAAAACCGUGUUGUUGUUUAAGAAGGGAGAUCCACAUGACAUAGAUAGUUAUCGCCCAAUCUGCUUACUGUCCGUCAUCUACAAGCUCUUUACAAGAGUGAUCCUUAAUAGGAUUGAAAAAGUCUUAGAUGAAGGACAGCCAUGCGAGAAAGCAGGGUUACAAAAAGGAUUCAGCACGAUUGAACACAUUCACACUGUUUCGAAACUCAUCGAGGUAUCACGAAAGUGCAAAAUGCCGCUUUGUCUCACCUUCAUCGACUUGAAGAAGGCCUUCGACUCAGUUGAGACGAAAGCGGUCAUGGAAGCUUUGGACAACCAAGGCGUCCCUACUCAGUAUGUAAAGAAGAACAUCAUCAUUGACGUGAAGAGGGGGGUCCGACAGGAUGAUACAAUUUCACCCAAAAUAUUCACAGCCACUCUCGAGAACGCAAUGCGAAAGUUGGAAUGGGACGACAUGGGAGCGAAGGUUGAUGGUCGGCAGCUACACCAUUUGCGCUUUGCUGAUGACAUCGUACUGAUAACGCUUAGCAUCAGCCAAGCGGAACGAAUGCUGACCGAAUUCGACGAAACAUGUGGAUGCAUCGGUCUUCAGCUGAAUCUACAAAAGACGAUGUUCAAGCGGAACGGAUGGGUCUCGUAUGCCCCAUUCACGCUCAACGGAACGAACAUAUCCGAAUGCACUAGCUACGUUUAUCUGAGUCGGGAACUGAACAUGAUGAACGACCUGACCCCCGAGCUGGGCAGAAGGAGACGAGCGGCUUGGGGAGCGUACAAGAGCAUCGAAGAUGUAGUGAAGAAGACCAGGAACACCCGGUUUCCUGCUUUGAUCCAUGCUUCGGAAACCUGGGCAUUUCGCAAGCAGGAAGAAAACGCGGUGAGCGUCAUUGAACGCGGAAUUGAGAGAGUGAUGCUAGGAGUAUCCCGUUUCACGCAAGCGAGGGACGGGAUUCGAAGUUCUCUCCUACGUCAACGAUCGAAGAUUAGAGACGCCGCCGUGUUUGCCAAGGAAAGUAAAAUAAGGUGGGUCGGACACGUGAUGCGCUUUAAUGACAACCGUUGGACCAGAGCCGUGAGCGACUGGGUUCCCGCGAUAUUAAGCGCACUACAGGAAGACCGCCGACCCGAUGGUCAGAUUUCUUCACGAAGUCCUUCAAAGAAAAAUAUGAUGCUCUUCGUGUCCCACGCGGAAGGAGGAACCACUGGGCUACUCUGGCACGCGAUCGGUACAAAUGGAAGAAUUACUGGCGCCCGCUCGACCAGUUCGAAGAUCAAGGUGACACUAUUGGAUAUUGGAGGAGAUUAUCGAAGGAACGAAUACAUGCGCGUGUUUUAA